UUUUGAGAUCUGGUUCACUCUCUGUCUAACCAACAAAAAACAUCACAAAAAAACAGGCUGCAGCAGUUAAAAAUAAUAACAGAAAGUAGUGAUUUUCUUCUUAUAUUUCUCAAUAAAAUCUCUACAUAACCACGCUCCAUUCAACAUCUGAAUUUGAGUCAACGCCAUAAUAAUCCUCGCCAGACAUCAGAAAACCUGCUGGAUGACUGUAAAAUACUAAAUGUUUGUAUUUAAAGACUUUAUUUUAAUCACAACAGCAUUCAUCUACAUGUUCUGCCUUCAUGAUGAUGUACUGGAAAUGAGCGAGCAUUUUCACUCUUGGUGACAAAUGCUAUUGUGGUAAAACUCUGGUUUCCUGUAUUCAAAAUGCACACAAGCACUCCAGCGGUCAGAAUGGGAGUUUUCAUGCACAAUUUUCUGUGCUGCACUGAGUGUGAUAACACAGACGAAAGUAAAAAAGGUGAUAAGAGAUUGUCCUGCACCCACUGCGUUUACGCCUCAGACGGCAGAACAGUGAACAGAUCUUCCACUUCAGCUCCAAGGGAGCAUCAGCAAGAGAAACUGCAACAAUGAUGUUUACAGCUUAUGGAGACAUCAAUAGAGUUGAAACUUCAGGUGCUUCUAAGGAAACCUCUCAGCAGGAUAGACUGGGUUACUCUGGUGUGAGGGCAUCAGAAACCAUGGCCCAAAUGGAUUCCGAAAGAAUGAAUAACUACAAAUUCAAAAUCAACAGAGUGGGGAAUCAGUCUGGUAUUGAUCCAGCCCUUAUUGCUGCUAUCAUCUCCAGAGAGUCCAGAGCUGGAAACGCCCUGACUGACGGUCAGGGGGAUCACGGUAACGCCUGGGGACUCAUGCAGGUGGAUAUUAGAUAUCACCGUAAGGAAGGAGACUGGGACAGCGAGGAGCAUCUCCGCCAAGCUACAGGGAUCCUUGUUCACUUCAUUGAAAGGAUUCAGAAAAAGUUCCCGAACUGGAGCAGAGAGCAGCAGCUGAAAGGAGGAAUAGCGGCUUACAACAUGGGGGACGGUAACGUCCAUUCAUAUGAAAAUGUGGAUGAAAACACAACUGGCAAAGAUUACUCCAAUGAUGUUGUUGCCAGAGCCAAAUGGUACAAAAGAAACGGCUACUAAAUUUAGCACCUGAUAAAUCAAAGUGUAGCCUGCUAUAAAGAAAAGAUACUUCCAUGCAAACUUAAAUUUUUUUUGUUUAUUCAUGCAACAGUUUUUGAUUAUUAUAAUACAGAAGCGUAUUGCUGUCACAGAAGAACACAUGUUUUUAAACACUGUCACUUGAUAAAAUGAUAAUUAUAUAAUGCAAAUGUUUUAUUGUAAAAUGGGAUAAUUUCAUCAGCUGGUGGUGAUAAUUUGCCUUCGGGUUUUAUUUACAACAACGCUUAGCAGCGUGUGGCCUAUAUGUGGUGAGUUUUGCCUCCCAAAACUCUAAAGCUGCUUAAUGACGACCGACACCAAAUCUAGAUAAUUAUUUUGAUUAAAAUGCUUCUCAGAGAGAACAUUCUGAUACGUUUUCAUCCACAAUGCGUAGCAGCAUCAGUUUCUCUCCACGUCUUAGACCAAACAUGAGGUGAAGCCGCUAUAGCAGUUCUUUAUGUAUGGACUAAAGCACAAGUGUUCAACUCAAGGCCUGGGGGCCAAAUCUGGCCCGCCAUGAAGUUUUUUGUGGCUCAGAGGGACAUGUAAAUAGAACCUUGAAAUAACCAUUGCAUGCUUAAAUAAUAUUUUGCCAAUUGAAUGAAAGCAGCUGCGACAGACUGGCGACCUGUCCAGGGUGAACCCCGCCUCUCGCCCGGGACGCAGCUGGAGAUAGGCACCAGCAACCCUCCCGACCCCAUUUAGGGAAGAAGGGUGUUAAGAAAAUGGAUGGAUGGAUGGAUGAAUGAAAGCAGUUUUCAACGGAAGAGGAUUAGGGUCACGAGAAAAAAAAAGAAGAAAAAUCAGAUUUUUUUUCUCAGAAUUUACCAGAAUUGUUCUGAUUUUAAUCUUCUGAGCUUAAAAAGUCAGAAUUCUAGGGUAAAACAUUUGAGAAAAAAAGUGAGAAAUCUGAGAAAGUAAAUUUUUUGGGACUAAAUUGUGAAAAAAAGACAGAAUUCUGAGAAGAAUAUGAGAAAUGAGAAUAAAAAGUCAAAGUUCUGAGCAAAAAGUAAAAAUUCUGAGGGAAAAUACAGACUUAAGAGAAAAAAAGUCAAAGUUCUAACGUUACAAUUUGAAAAAGUAAAAAUUCUCAGAAUUCUGACUUUUUAACCUCAGAAGAUUAAAUUCUUUCAUUUUUCCUCUGUCCAUAGUCGUUUUCUGUAGUUUUCAUACAUAGGCUACUCUACCAAAUUAUAUCAAUGUAAUGAUGUUCGUUAUUAUUUAACUUUAAGAAGAACCGAUCAGUGCGGAGGCAGCUGUUUAGUUAUACUUUAGAAGUUUAUUAAUGAAUUUCAUCAAUACAUUUUACCACAAUCGGCCCUUUGAGGACAUUUAUUAUCCUGAUGUGGCCCAAAAUAAAAAUGAGUUUGACAUCUCUGGACGGAAGACAAACUAUCGCCACUUUCUGGAUGAAAUUAUGAUGCCUAUACAACGUAAUUAACGUAAUUAUCACGUUUGUAUAAUUUCAUUAUGAUGUUUAUGCAAUACUUCAUCACACAAUUUAAUUAGCACAUUAUAUGAUAAAAGCAUCAUGUUUAUGAAAGUAGGGCUGCACAGUGGAGCAGUUGGUAGAGCUGCUGCCUUGCAGCAAGAAGGUCCUGGGUUCGAUUCCCGGCCGGGGAUCUUUCUGCAUGGAGUUUGCAUGUUCUCCCUGUGCAUGCGUGGGUUCUCUCCGGGUUCUCCGGCUUCCUCCCACAGUCCAAAAACAUGACUGUCAGGUUAAUUGGUCUCUCUAAAUUCUCCCUAGGUGUGAGUGUGAGUGUGCAUGGUUGUUUGUCUUGUAAGUCUUUGUGUUGCCCUGCGACAGACUGGCGACCUGUCCAGGGUGAACCCCGCCUCUCGCCCGGAACGCAGCUGGAGAUUGGAACCAGCAACCCUCCCGACCCCAUUUAGGGAAGAAGGGUGUAAAGAAAAUGGAUGGAUGGAUGUUUAUGAAAGUUAAUUGUUACGUUUGAACAAUAUGCCUCUGUACUACACCGCCUGGUAGGUUUUUAUUUGUCUGAGUCAGUCUGUAGUCUAAGGAGUAAUUAAUGUUCUGUGCACUAUGUUCUGCAUUUAUCAAAAAGGGUAGAAUAAGUUUGUGUAAAAGGAAGUAAAAUUAGUAAAUGCUAAAUGAUGAAAUAAAUGUAAUAAAAACAGCAUUUGCUCGGUGUCUUCACUUUUAAAGCAUCAGAUCAGUGGACCACAAACUGUCAGGCAGUCAUACUCUUCACACUUUCACGCUCAAUAAAUAAAUGACUCUGACACAAAAUAAUUAAGCACAAAAAUAUGUUUGUUUUUU